CCGCCGGCAGAGCUUGCGAAGAAGUAAGCUGCUAUGGCGAGUCCCGUUGCCAGCUCUGUGAGGCCGCCCAGGCCCAAGAAAGAGCCGCAGACGCUCGUCAUCCCCAAGAAUGCAGCCGAGGAGCAGAAGCUUAAGCUGGAGCGGCUCAUGAAGAACCCGGACAAAGCAGUUCCAAUUCCAGACAAGAUGAAUGAAUGGGCUCCUCGGCCUCCUCCAGAAUUUGUCCGAGAUGUUAUGGGUUCCAGUGCCGGGGCUGGCAGUGGAGAGUUCCACGUGUAUAGGCACCUACGGCGGAGAGAGUACCAGCGGCAGGACUACAUGGAUGCCAUGGCUGAGAAGCAAAAACUAGAUGCAGAGUUUCAGAAGAGACUAGAAAAGAAUAAAAUUGCUGCAGAGGAGCAGACUGCAAAGCGCCGGAAAAAGCGCCAGAAGUUAAAAGAGAAGAAGUUAAUGGCAAAGAAGAUGAAACGUGAACAGAAGAAACAGAAGGAAGAACCCAGUCAGUGCCAAGAACAGCAUGCCAGCAGCUCUGAGGAGAUAUCUGGGACAGAGGAGGAGGAAGAGGAGUCCAGUGUCAUCAUGGGACGAUGAGGACAUGAGCCCAGCUCAUUUUCUGAACAACUUUGGAAAGAGGCUGUGGGCCAGCUGCCAGACUGGCUGUGUUGGGAGAAGUCAGGAGCCUCCUGCAUCUCUGCUUGUCUAGGGAGCAGAGGGACCAUCUCCUAGAUAUUUGCAGAUUGCCUACUGUGUCCUGCCUUACUGCUCUUGCUAAAGGGAAAUGCCUCACCUUCCCCCAGUGCCUGUUCCCUUCUGCUUGAAUGGUGAUAAGCUCUGGACUGGUUUCUGUGACGAGAAUAUUUAUUUAGUAAAAAGCAGAAAACCUA